AAACAAACACAAAUAACGCCUCUUCCACUAGCCGAAAACAAUUAUUGGAUACAAGGCUUGCCAAUCAUGACAAUAACAGCUGCACAGAAGACCGCCAUAGAGGAGGUCAUUGAAAUUUUAAUUGCAACUACCCCAGGUCGCGGAAAACGCCAAUUAUCUCAAUUGUUUAUGGAUCUGGUGGAUAGAACAGAGUGGCCUGAGUACUAUGAGGUCAUACCCGAGCCACGAUGUAUCAACGCCAUUAAGUCAAGCGUUGAACGGAACAGAUACAAGGACGCGUUGAACGCGUAUACCGAUCUGUCACUCGUGUUUUGGAACGCAUUGUUCUACAACGAACCAGAUAGUCAAAUUGCUACAGAUGCGCAGACUCUCAAGACUGUACUCGAAAUUGAAUGGCAGAAGAGAAGCAUUCUUCCUAUGCCCCGACACUCGCCACCUCCCUCAUCCGCUCAAAAGGUCCACGGAACGGGUCCCGCUGCACCGCCGCAGUCCAUUGUCACGCAGCCUUCCACUUCUACAACGACCAAACUGAGAACAACAGUUCCAACAUCCGCUGUAGCUCCAAUUUCCGAGUCACAGACCGUCAAAUCCACUCCUCUAAAGGGAUCAGCGGCUGGAGAAGAAAGGGUUGGGGAUAGUGAGGCGAUCGUCCGUCAGCUUGAGAAAAGUCUCCCAAGAUGGCAAGGCUUUGGAGAACUAGGGAUGUCCGAGGCCAGCAAGGACCGACUGGUCGAAAUUGUGCACAGUCCUCCUAAGACUCACGCGCAUGAAGACGCUCGUGACCGGACCAUGCUGACCGCGGCAGGAACUUUGACUGUUCCCCCAAUUGUCGACAAGCUCCCCCCUGAUACGACAAAACAUUUUGAUCGCUCUCCAGACACAAACGAGUUGUUCUGGUUUUCUGCUCCUCCAAUGAACAGCGCCCGGACACCACCCCCACUGCAUAGUUUGGCAUACCUGCAUUUCCUGGCGACGAAACGGAAGAAAGAACUGGCUACUGGCUCAGACACCAUGGAUGUCGAUGGUGAAGCCACUUCGACAGGUCCUUCAAAGCGACAGCGCACAGUUGCGCCUCCAACAGUUAGCGAAAUUCUACAAGCAACCUUAAAUUCUGCAUCUACUGAGCUCCUUUAGACAUUAUCCAUCUAUUCCCACUGACUUAAUUUCUGGCCACAAGAAUUUCAUCUUUUUGGCAGCUCAAUCCAACGCUUGCAGUUGUCCGACCAUUCAUCUAUUAGUU